CCGUAGGGUGAGUGUGCGUUGCUUCUGUCCGGAAUUCGAGACUACUUUUACGUGACCGUUUAGAACCGGUUUUGAAAGUGCUCUGAGGUGUGGCGUAGGCGGUCAGUGCCGCGUUCAACCGUAAAAUACUCUUUUCAAAAGUUCAAAAUCAACUUUGUGUUAAUAAAAAAGUGCAUUUGUGACUCACGACGAUUGUUCGACCUUAUCUUGAGUGAAAGAGACGACGACAGCGGCGAACACGUGCGCGAGUGAGACAGAAGAGUCCAGUUUAAACCUGUUUGGAUUUUUUUAAACCAAAAAGGAUAAAAAGUGACCGCUUUCGUGUCUAGUUAUGCGAGUGUGUGAGUGUCUGUGAGAGGAUUUGUAUAGAACAAGAUGGCUGUCCUUCCCGCUCUUUUUGGACUUCUCCUCGCAACUGUCGUCACAGGUCAAAAUGUAGACAUCUCGCCUAAGGAGGCCGUGCGCCGCGCUGGAGACGACCUGAUGGUGCUCUGCAAAGUUCCCUACCCAAUUGACUCUUGUCGAAUGACAGUCGGCGGUAAAUCAUACAGACUCAUUCCGAGCAAUCAGGAUGAAGAAGUCGUUUAUUCGGGUCAAGGAUUACAGUACGGCGAAUGCGGAGCUCACAUAAAACAUAUACGGGAAGAGUGGAACGGGAACAUAUCUUGUAUGUUACCUCCCAAGAGCGGCAGCAUUGAAGUCACCGGCGCCAUGAGAUUGCUUGUUGCAAGAGCCCCAGGAAACCCCCAACUAAUCUCCCCACCACAGUCCACUUUCAAAGAGGGUGACGACUUCAUGGCACAAUGCAUAGUUCCUGAUGGCAGACCAGCAGCCAAGAUUACUUGGUAUUUGGAUGAGGUCCAACUCCUAGCCGGAGUACACCAGCCCAUCAUAACAUCGGAGCCCGGCAGUGACUUACAAACGAUCAGCCAAAAUGUCUCCAGGUCCCUGACUGCGGACGACAAUGGCAAGAAACUGGUUUGUCGAGCUGAACACGAGGCUCUGGACGGUCCCAAGGAAGCCGCGAGACAGCUAGUGGUUCACUACCCGCCCAAGCGGCUGGAGGCGGGCCCGAUCACCAUCUUCGGGCUGAAGCUGGGCGCCGAGGGCCGCCUCAACGUGUCGCUGCGCGCCAACCCGCCGCCCGCCGCCGAGUGGACGCUGGGCGACGCCGUGCUGGCGCCGCCCGCCGCCGACGCCGAGCGCUCCGCCGUCGCGCUGGAGCCGCUGCACCUGGGCGGCGGCUACUACAACAUCACGCUGGUGCUCACGCGGGUGGCCAAGGAGGACGUCGACCGCACCUACUACCUCCGGGUCACCAACGACCUGGGUCGGGAGGAGUUCGCGCUGAGGCUCAGCACCAUGGACGAGCCGGCCGGUGUAGAACUGGACACGGGGGCAAUAGUUGGCAUAGUGAUAGCCGUGCUGCUGCUCCUCAUUGCCAUCUUCCUCGUCGUGUUCGCGAAGGCGACCGACCGCUGGUGUUUCGCAGGGCGGUCCCACCGCACCGACAUCCCAGACGGAGCUGAUUCCGAAGCCCCCCUCCCCCCUCACGAUGACGUCAAAGGAUCUGAGAACCCCUCCCAUGAUCACGGCGACUACAUCAGCAACGGUGACACUAAACACCCCGAGAAGAAACCGGACACGGCUGUCUAAAUCGUAAGUGUAAGCUGUCACUCGAAUCGACUAGUUCAACUUAUGUAAAUUCAUUUACAUAAUUCAGAAUUUUUAUGUAAAUUGUUUUAUGUAAUGUCAUUACUUAGUCAAUUGUUAUAUUUACGCAGCUGAUAUUGACAUUAUGUAAUUCAAAAUGAACUAUGUAAAGAUUUAUGUAAUUUUUAAAAUAAUUAAAAUAUUCUUCUAAUAGUUAAUCAUUUCUAAUGUUUUACAAGAAUAAAUGAAGCUUUCUAUUAAAUUUCAUAUACACGUAGUUCAAUUAAUUAUAUUACAUGUUAUGUAAAUGAUAUAAUUACAUAUAUUAUAAUGAAUUUAGAAGUGGAUUUUAAUAUUAUUCCUCAUUUUUUUUAAGACAAGAGUGACAGCUUUACUGCAUCGUAACUGAAAGCUUCUCCGUUAAAUAAAAAUGUUAUUUGAAAAUAAAAUUUAAUCGCAACGACGAAUUUUUUCAAUUUUAAAUAAUGUACACGUCUGUAGACUGUUAUAUACUGCCUCCUUUAUAUACUAUAUAAGCGUAAAAUUAUUGUCUAUAGUCUGAACCAAUCGAAGGCGUAAAGAUAAAUUAAAUUUUGAUUUACGUACACCAGACGAUUCGCUCAUAGCUCUGAUAUAUGCGAUACAAACAGUUCUUGAACAUAUAUUUAUUUAUUCAACACUGGUCCACUUAACUACUUAUAUCUACGAUAAUUUUUCGGAAAUCCAUAAUGAAUAUCGUACAUUCAAGAUUCAAGAAUUCGACCAAUGAUAUCGCGUCAUUUCAAGGUCAAACUUGUUUAUUUGUCUUUACGCCUUCUGUGAUUGGCGCAGGCUAUAUAACUGUUAACAAAUUGAUUUAAAUAUAUCAUAACCCGAUUGCGGUAAACAUAACUAAGACAUUGGAAUUAAAAUUAAAAAAAUAAAUU